GAAGAAGAAAGCCGCUGUCCGUCGCGUGCUAUUAUACGCAACUUCCGCUCGGCGCUUCUUUGUUCGAUUUGUCGCAUUAAAAUUUUUCAGUGGUUUUAGACCAGAUAAAGGCGUAAGGAGCUGUGGGCUAAGGUGCUACCAAUGUGAAUGUGACCUGCCCUGACUCUCCAUUGUGGUUUGACAUCUCUGUUAUAAGAAAUACACCCACACAGAAGCUGCACUGUCAGCUGCACCAGCCCCCCUCACACUCAACCCCUGCGCUAUGAGCAGAGGUAGAGGAGGGCCUUCCAAAGAACGCUAUCAUAGACAUCCACUACCCCAAUUCCAGGCCUAUCAGACUUACUAUCGACCAAGCCCAGUCUCUCUGUCCCCCCGAGCUAGUCCACAGCAGACCUCACAUCUAAAUGACUACUACAAUUACCAUCCUUUAGUCCCGUUACCGUCCCCAGCUCGUCUCAUCCCUACUACUCCACCCACAGCAAGCCACAGUAAAGGGUCCUCUAAACCUGUGGCACUUAAUAGCCCACAUAAUCAGACCCACCACUCUACUCCUGUUCCCAGUGAUUUUUCUUACCAACAAGUCCAAUUCUUGACAGGAAGAAGAUCUGAGGCUCCGCAGUUCAGAACAGAUUUGCAAGGACAGACUGCUGUAUCUGGCAGGCCAUCUAGCUCAUCACAGCAGCCAGAAUUGGGGUGCCCUUCUUAUCCAGACACCAACAGCAUUCCACUUGGUAAAGUGGGCUCUAAGCAGGACCAGAACCUUACCUACCGACCCAAAGUAGGUGAUCCUGAAUGUACCUCAGGUCCUCAAACAAAUCAAAAGCAAUUGCGGGGGAAAAAUCAGAACCAAUACAGCAGCCGAUCGUGGUUACUCCAAACAGAAUCUCUGUGUGAUAGUUUUCAUAGUUUUUCACUUAAAGAAGACUGGGCCAAAAAAGGUGAGGGCAGAUCUUCUGCCUUCAGUAACUCAGCAAAAUCGAAGUUUAACAAAGUUCACAUCACUCUCACUCCUGACAUCCAGAUCCAGGUACAUAGGGUUUUGGUUGCUUUGAGGCCAGGUGAGAGUAUUUCUGCAAAAUUGUUAGCCAAAAAACUGCAUUUGCCUAAAAAGGUAGUUAACAAGGCUCUGUACUCUCUGGAAGGUUCACAGCAAGCUUCCAAACAAGGGCUUCAUCCUCCAGAGUGGAGUGUGUACAGAAAGCAUCUUGUUGGUCAAGAAGACCAAAACUCUGAAUUGCAAAAGCCACUGUCCCAGCAAUGUGCCAGUUCAGAAUAUCCUGAAAUACCUGAACCCAAGUUCAAACUAAAAGCGGAAGAAAAAGAAAAGUGCGGUGAAACAAACGAAGACGACUCUGAUUCAAAAUCUACUUCUUCUUACUGCUCUUCUGGAAACUCAUUUGACUCUGAAGAACCCCAGUCACCAACAAAAGCUCAAGAUCAAGAGAAACAACAUCUGAGCAUUACACCCUCCUCUGAUACAGAGCAUAGGCUUCCCACAAUGGCAGACCAGAAGGACCAAGUUUUGCAGUAUCUCCUGGAGACAGGGGAGGCAAAUGCUCUCGUUAUAGCCAAAAACAUAGGUUUUAAAACCGCUAAACAGGUCAAUCCCACCCUUUUCUCCCUGGAGAAGCAAGGUAAAGUUAUUAAGAAUAGUGAUAUGAAACCUCCCACCUGGGACCUUUCCACUCACCAUCGAGAGAGGAUGGAGAGGAGCCUCAAAGCAGCACAGAGCCCCCCAGCAAAGAGGACUCAGCUGGAAGAUGGGAGUGGUGGAGAUGUCAAGGGAGGUGAAGGCAGUCUUAUGCCACAAAUCCCAGGUCUGGAAUCAGUACCAUUUCAGGGAGGUUGGAUGCCAGAACAAAGUCACACUGAAGAAUCCAAUUCCACCCCCCAGCCCUUCUCCUUUACCAAAUUUAAAGAAGAGACCAUUGAAGGACAGUGGGCCACUGAUGACAUCCCAGAAUUUCUUAAUGCAAUUCGGAAGGAAACGGAUGCUCAGAGACGAGACGCAAAUGGAGCUAAUGUCAUGGGAACUGUUGCUGUGUCUCUGGCUGCUGCCCCAUCACAGAACCUGUGGGCCAAACUGCAGGAAGUGAGGCUAAAGAACCCUGUCAGUGGGCUCAUGGAGUAUGCCCAAUAUCUGGGCCAGUCCUGCGAGUUCCUGCUGCUCGACCAGUCAGGGCCUUCCCAUGACCCAAGAUUUCGGAUGCAGGUAAUGCUCAAUGGGAGACUGUUCCCUGUAGCCGAAGCUUCCAGUAAGAAGGUGGCAAAGAAGGACGCUGCUGCAGCCACACUGCGAAUUCUCACUGCAGAGAUGCAUGGAGGAGCAAGCACAGGAGAUGAGGGAUCAACAGCUAGUAUGGACCAAGUCUUGGCUAUAAGACCAGAUGCUUCUGGUCCUGUUGAUGAUAUGGGAGACAUUUUUGGCAUUGGUGGCAUGGAAGAAAUGGGCAUUGUAGAGGGAUCACUUCAGCCAUUGUCCCGGUCUCUGCCUGGUGGCAAGAAUCCAGUAUCUGUUCUAAUGGAGUAUAGCCAGCGCAGUGGGAACCCCAUUGAGUUUAUUGCCACUGGCCAGGCAGGUCCACCACAUGACCCAAGGUUCAUGUACAAGGUAAAGGUUGGAGAGAUUAUGUAUUCAGAAGCAUCAGCUCCCAGCAAAAAGGCAGCACGCCAGCUGGCAGCCGAGGAGGCCGUUAAAGAAUUGAUGGCUGACGGGAAAUUGCAGCUCAACAAGCCGCAGCUACCUCUGGGCUCAUUGAGUGAUAGUGAUGGAAGUAGUUCUGCAAGCUCCUCCUUGCUUCCUUUGACAGCAGAUGAGAUGCGUGCAGCCCAUGAAGCAGGGGUGGGAGAUCUCAUCAACCAUCUGAACAACAAUGCAGUGUCGGGUCUACUUGAGUAUGCCAGAGCCCGGGGCUUUGCUGCUGAGAUCCGCCUGGUGGGCCAGUCUGGCCCACCACAUGAGCCCAAAUUUACCUACCAGGCCAAGCUGGGGGGUCGCUGGUUCCCUCCAGUCUGUGCAUCCAACAAGAAGCAGGGAAAGCAGGAAGCAGCAGACGCCGCUUUACGGGUUCUGAUUGGAGAGGCUGAGAGGGCAGCCCGCACCGGGGAGCUUAUCCCAGCUGAGCUUCCAGUGAGUGGCAGCACACUGCACGACCAGAUAGCAAUGCUGAGUCACCAGCGUUUCAAUGCCCUCACCACGCGCAUCCAGCACAGCCUUCUGGGACGAAAGAUUCUGGCCACCAUCGUCAUGCGGCGGGGGAAGGGCCUGGGCACUGUUGUCAGCCUGGGAACUGGGAAUCGUUGCGUUAAGGGGGAGGAGCUGAGCCUUAAAGGGGAGACUGUUAAUGACUGCCAUGCUGAAAUCAUCUCCAGACGAGGAUUUGUCCGGUUUCUGUACAGCGAACUACUGAAGCACUAUGACGGCACAGACGACAGUAUAUUUGAGCCAGCCGAGGAUAACAAACUGAAAAUCAAAUCUGACAUCACCUUUCAUCUCUACAUCAGCACUGCACCAUGUGGGGACGGGGCUCUCUUUGAUAAGUCGUGCAGUGAGGCGGGGGAUGAGGUCGAGGGCCACCAGCCUUUGUUUGAAAAUGCGAAGCAGGGCAAACUCCGCACCAAAGUGGAAAAUGGCGAGGGCACCAUCCCUGUGGAGUCGAGCGCCAUUGUGCCCACCUGGGACGGCAUCCAGCACGGCGAGAGGCUCCGGACCAUGAGCUGCAGUGAUAAGAUCCUCAGAUGGAAUGUACUAGGCCUGCAGGGGGCACUGCUUAGUCACUUUGUGCAGCCCAUCUAUGUGAAGUCCAUCACACUCGGCUAUCUGUACAGCCAUGGACACCUGACACGUGCCGUCUGCUGUCGGCUGGCUAGAGACGGUGAAGCAUUCAUAAGAAGUCUCCCUCCUCCCUACACACUAAACCACCCAGAGGUGGGCAGAGUGAGUGUGUACGACUCCACACGUCACACGGGGAAGACCAAGGAGUCCAGUGUGAACUGGAGCUUACCAGAUCAGCACAGUGUGGAGGUGCUGGACGGGACCAAAGGCAAACUGGACGGGAAUAAAAUGGCUGUGUCCCGUGUGUCCAAGUCCAACCUGUUCUAUCUGUUUCGCACUCUGUGCCAGCGGUCUGGCCGUACUGACCUCCUCCUGCCCUCCUACACUCAGGCUAAAAUGUCAGCUGUAACCUUCCAGCAAGCCAAGCAGCAAUUUUUUCAGGCUCUCAGUAUCCACGGUUACGGAGCCUGGAUCGGCAAGCCACUGGAGGAGAAGAGCUUUGAGUCAGGCGAUGGGGGAAUGGGAGCCAUUUCCCUGUAGUAGGAAUGGAUAGUAGAUUUCCCACAAGAGGAGUUCAGGGGCAUUGACAUGGCAGAUGAAGUGAGUAGAAAGCAUAAAGUGGUGAAAUAAGUGGACAGGAAGAACGAUAAUCAAAGUGCACAAAGGCAGCAAUCAGUCAGGUGGGAAAGAAACCGAAGGUGUCAAAGGCAUGUGUGAAGAAUGUGUCAGGUCA